AUGGGGCUUUUGCUUGACUUCAUUAACAAUUCAAAUGCAGAGAGCAAACAUCUUCAAGAGAUCAACCCAGAUUACACCCAGUGGAUAUUUCAUGGGGAGGAGGAGACAACAUUGUACGUCAGUGAUGAUGAUAUUGAUGACGAUAUCAUCCAAGAAGACGAUUACAUAGAUGACAUGCAGCAUAUGUUGGAUGACAUCCGGGCAGGCACCUUCGUUGAUGUGCCCCAAGAUAGCACUCCUGCGCCAAACAAGCCACCAGUUACUAUAGAUCCACCAGUACCAUCUUUCGACCAGCUAUUAGAGGAUGUCCUACGUCCGCUUUUCGACAGGUGUACAAAAUUUUCAAAGCUGUCAUUCGUUGUCAAGUUGUUACACAUCAAAUCAAUCAGUGGAUGGUCAAUUGAGUCAUUUGACAUGCUCCUUGAUUUGUUGAGGUCUACCUUUCCUAAUGCCCUCUUGCCACAAUCAUAUGAGGAGUCAAGGUCUUUGGAGCGUGGUUUGGGCUUCAAGUACCACAAAAUCCAUGCGUGCCCCAACAACUGCAUCUUAUUUUGGAAGGAAAAUGUUGCUCUUAAUGAAUGUCCUGUAUGUAAGGCUUCGAGGUGGAUACCAAAUACACACGGGUCACGCACGAUACCUCAAAAAGUAUUGCGUCACUUUCCUUUAAAGCUGAGAUUGCAGCGUCUCUUUAUGUCUGCAGAGAUGGUAGGUGAUAUGCGAUGGCACAAAGAGCAACGGACGAUAGAAGAUACUUGUAUGAGACAUCCGGCCGACUCUAAGUGCUGGAAGAAAUUUGAUGAAGAUCAUGGUUGGUUCGCUGCGGAUCCUCGCAAUGUUAGGCUCGGUCUGGCAAGUGAUGGCUUCACUCCCUUCAACAACUUGGCUAAACCUCAUAGCAUUUGGCCAGUGAUCCUUAUCCCCUAUAACUUGCCGCCAUGGUCACCAAGGAAUGAGAUCGAUGUAUACUUGCAGCCGUUGACCGAUGAACUGCUUGAAUUUUGGCAAGAUGGGGUACCUACAUAUGAUGCCUCAACUAACAAAACGUUUAUGUUGCAUGCUGCCUUAUUGUGGACAAUCAAUGAUUUUCCUGCCUACAGGAAUCUGUCUGGCUGGUCAACAAAGGGGAAAUUGGCUUGUCCGUCUUGCAAUUUUGACACAGACUCCAAUUGGUUGAAAUAUGGCCGAAAACAUUAUUACAUGGGACAUCGACACUUCUUACCACCAGAUCACAUAUGGAGAAGAAGGAAAGGGUUAUUCAACGGUAGAGAAAAUCAUCGCAUGCCACCAAGGGACAUAGGAGCUAAAGAUAUUCAAACUCAAUUACAGAUGAUUGGGGAUGUUCAGUUUGGCAAAUCUCAUAAGAAGAGAAAAUGCACUGUUGAAGAGCUGAACUGGACAAAGUGUAGCAUAUUCUUCGUGUUACCUUAUUGGUCAACAGUUCGACUUCGGCAUAAUUUAGAUGUUAUGCAUAGUGAGAAGAAUAUUGCCGAUAACAUCUUAUUCACUUUAAUGAACAGUCUAGGAAAAACUAAGGAUAACAUUAAUUCAAGGCGUGACUUGGAGAUUUUGGGCUAUAGAAAAGAAUUACACCUGAGCGUGAUGGUGAUCGUGUAA